AUGGAGAAGGUGAUGUUGAUUCGAGAAAAGAUGAAAGCUUCACAAAGUAGACAAAAGAGUUAUCAUGAUAAGCGAUGGAAGGAUUUGAAAUUUCAAGCGGGUGACCAUGUAAUUUUUAGAGUUACACCUGUGAUUGGUGUUGGGCGAGCAUUGAAGUCUAAGAAGCUCACUCCUCGUUUUAUUGGUAUGUAUCAGAUAUUGGAAAAAUUUGGAAAUGUGGCGUAUAGAAUAGCGUUACUGCCUAAUCUUUCGAUUUUGCAUGAUGUGUUCCAUGUAUCACAACUCCGGAAGUACGUUUUCCAUCCGUCGCAUGUGGUUCAUAUGGAUGAUGUGCAAGUACGGGAUAAUCUCAUGGUGAAGACGAUGUCGGUAUGA